AUGAACAUUGAUACUUUUCUGGAUUACUUUGCCAGUCAUCACAUCCACAUGAAGGCGGAAUGGUUACAAGUUGCUAUUGAUUUUGUCAGCUCUCGUGAGCCAGAGAAAACGAAGAACAUGCAUGUGUUGUUGUUCGAGCAGUUCAUCCAUUCAAAUCUGGCUGAUUCGUACUUACCGCUUGCAAAGGUACCCGUAGUUGCUGUUAGAGCUGUGAUCUUGAAACAAAUGAUCUUUCAGUCUAAAAAUCAUUUUUGGGAACUAAAGUAUUUGCUUCUUAACGUGUUUGUGUCUCAAAUUUCUGAUGCUGCUUCUGAAAAAUCCGUAGUCGCUUGCUUCUUCAGCGGUUUUGCUUGGUGGUGUUGA